AGUGUCGCCUGCCUGGGGCCCCCGCCGCGUCGCGGGCGUCUCGGUGUCCCUGCGCAAAGCAGCAGGCGCGGCCGGAGGGAGGUGCGUGCGCCUUUGCGCGUGGCGGCGCCGAAGGCUGAGGCGCGAGACCCCGGGCAGGCGGGGACCUCCAAGCGGCCGGACUGAAGCUCGGACGUCGGGCAAGCGGGAGCUGGAGGGGCUCGGCUGGGUGUCAGGUGUUGCUGAGACCCAAUGGAGGACUCCACUCGCCUGGGCUACUGUAUUGUGGCUGGCAGCUUUGUGGCCUUCCAAUUCUUCUUCUCCGCUGUCAGCCCACAGUUAUCUUUGUCGCUGAGUUCCAGAUAUUCCACCCUUCCAUCAGUCAAGCAGAACGAAUGGAAUUCCAGAUGUGUGUCCACCCUCCAUGCUGUGAUAGUAGGCCUCUUCUGCCUCUGCAUCCUUUGGUUUGACGAUGCUGUAAAUGCCAACCCUAUCUGGGGAGACCCGUGGCUCGUCAAGCUGAACAUAGCUGUCACGUGUGGAUACUUGCUGUAUGAUCUGUUGCUGCUAGUGCGGUACUGGAGGACAUUGGGAGAUUCGCUUUUCGUUUGCCACCACUUGGCAGCGCUAUACGCUUAUGGAUACGUGUUGAGCCGAGGGGUACUGCCCUACUUUGCCAAUUUCCGUCUCCUCUCGGAACUCUCCACGCCCUUCGUGAACCUGCGGUGGUUCCUGGAUGCAGUUGGCUGGCCACGCUCUUCCUGGGUCGUCUUGGCCAAUGGCCUGGCCAUGAUGGUGGUCUUCUUUGUGGUUCGGAUUGCCGUCAUCCCCAGCUAUUACAUGCAAGUCUACUCCUGGUAUGGGACUCCUGAGUAUGAGCGCCUGGGCCUGGGUGUACAGCUGGCCUGGAUCGGGCCCAGCCUAGCCUUGGAAGUACUUAAUAUGGUCUGGAUGUAUCGCAUCACUCGGGGCUUCUACCGAGCCGUCUGCCGGUCCGUGUCUCGCAAGGCAGCAUGAGGAUGUUGAGAACGGGGCAGUACUUGGUCAGGAACACAGAGACUCUUAAGUACUUCUGGACCACGCUGGAAACUCCCCCUUCUAAUACCCUUAGAAGCCAGUAGCCAUAGGAACUGCUUCUGACCAUCCCCUUGGCCCAGGCAGACAACCCUGGAUCCAUACAACCGGAGCAUUUGUUUGUUUUUUCUUCCAUCAUCUUGGCCACCCUGAACAGAAUGAGCAACUGGAGAACAACAUCCAUCUCAAUUUUGGGGAUGGACUCUCUGGGCAUUUAACAUGGUUCAAAAUGUAUAGUUUAAACUCUUUCUGUGUGUAUAGCACAGGAAUAUCCUUUGGCUCACAUGGGUGGGUGUUGAGCAAAGAGAGAUAUAGCUGGAUCAACAGUUGCCUGGUCUUUGUGACUUCAGGCUUAGACUGUGACAGCGUGUCUAAACAGCUCAUUGCCUUGUUUCAGCUACAUGUCUAUCAGUUGGAAGGAAAAAUAUGCACCAUUGCCUCCAGGGAAGAGGGGCCUGGUUUUCUGUUGGAGGGAUACUUUAGAGGAAGAGAGAAGGGACGAAUGGAAACCGUUCUGCCACUUUGGCCAAUGGCUCUUUGUUCUUUUAUAGAAGUAUGUUGGGAGAAUGAAAUAGGCUGAAUGCAUACAGGAGGAAACUGUCAAGCGAGGCACUGAAAAUGGUGGAUUGGACGGCAGUAGUAAAUACUGGAAGACAGUGUUUGGAAAAAGGUGCUUCCACUCUAACAGGUUGGGGCGGAACUUGACAUUCCUUCGUACCAGGGUCCUCAGAACGCCGUCCUCAGCAAAACAAGGCUUCAUAACUCUCUUCACUUGGGCAUAACCACGACACUACUCUUGGCUGUGCUCUCUUUUGUUCUGAGAGCUCAAAAGUAAAGAGGUUGACACAAAAAGGCCUGAGCGGAACUAGUUCAAAGCAAACUGUGAGGUUGUUGGGGGCGGGCGGGGCCGACCCAGUUACCUUUCACAAGAACUACUCCAACAGGUGUUGGCUGCCAUUCUGAACCCAGGCAUCUCUCCUUGAGACAGCAUCCUUCUUCAGAGGAAAAUUGCAUCAUUCCAGCACAAUACUGCAAUAUUCUGUUGUACGUCAGUCGUAAUAUUGAGUGCAGCAGUGUGGAUUAUGGCUUCCUAAAAGUCACUGAUAAUGUCAUGUGUCACAUGUGAACAUAAGAAGAGCUUGCUGGAUCAGGCUCAUGCCCCCCAAAAAACACACACAUUGUGUGCAUGGCAAACUGUGACAGCAAGGCCCCAGCUGUGGAGAUCUGGUGUUGUGAGCGUCACAUUGCUGCUGAACGUGGGAAAUAGAUGUGUCCCAUUCCUCUGUGGUUACUCAUAGUGAAAUUAAGAUGCAACUGUGAGAAUGGCCCAGGUGAAUUUCCGGGUGAUUUGUAUCUUUGAUUCACCUUAGGGACCAACUGCAGAAGAACAGUUGCUUCUAUCUCGCCCCUCUGCACACACAUUCUGAUGAUACACUGCUUACAACAAGUUGUCAGGGGUUUAGCAUUCUGUUUGCAAGGUUCAUUGCACUGAUGCUAUUACUUCCUUACUUGUUCUCUAAUGCUGAAUCUUCCCCUGCCCCCCCAGCACUAAACACAACAGAGUUAUUCCAUCUCUAAGGCUGAGGGGGGAACACAGGAAGUUUACCUGUGCCUAAACCAGCUGAAAUGGAGCCCCCAUUAAUUUCUGUGGGUUUGCACAGGAGCCUUUUCUUGGGAACUCUGCUUCUAAGGUUGCGCUGGACCAAAUAUACCAACACCAGGUGCUUAACGUCUUGAGGUAGACUUCAAUAAGAAUUUAUAUGCUCUGGGUCAACUUCUACCAUUCCUCUACCUGGCUGCUAGGAGAGCAAGCUAAUUUUUAAGAAGCUUGUGAAAGCAUUGUUCCCAAAUCUGUGCCUUAAAAUGCUUCUCCAAGCACUUGGCAUCACCCUGGAAAAGUACCCUCCAGUUUGUGGUAAGGGUACAGCUGCCGGCAUACAUCAUUUCACUAUGAACAAAUUUAUGCCACAAAUUCAAGCAGUGGAAAUUGUGUUGUUGAUUUUCUCUGCUGUUCAGAUGGUUUAAUCCUCAACUAUGCAGCAUUUUUUAAUUUUCUAACCUCCAUUUAUUAACUGGAAUCAGUGAGCAUUAAUAUAAAAAAUAAGAUUAAUUUAUUAAA